AUGGCUACCUCUACCAGUAGUGGCUUCCUCUUCAUCACGCUCUUGUGUUUCGCUACACUUCUCCCUUCACCUGUCAACGCGAGGCAUUUCCCUCGUAUCCAUGGCAGUACCAGCGCGAUCCAUGGUACCGGCGUCAAAUUCCACUGGCCGUUCUCAAGGUCAAGGGACGGUUCCGGCACCGGCCAUGGCCAUGGCUCCGGAGACGGCCACGGGUUCGGCUGGACCGUGUCUCGCAACCGGUCCGACACGACCAUCGGGGCCGGCAGCGGCAUGGGCGGCGGCGUGGGAAGCACCCGCGAUGGCGAGGGAGGCAGCGCUGGUGGCGGUGUCGGCGUCGGGGUCGGCGUCGACGUCGGGAAGGACGGGAUCGACGUGGGCUUUGGCCUCGGAGGAGGCGGCGCGGCGAGCGCGCACAACGGCGGAGCUAGUAUGGGUAUUGGCGGCGGGGCAGGCUUCGGUUUCCACUUCGGCAGAGGAGGUAUCAGUGUCACCGUGACACACGGUGGUGGUGGUGGAGGAGGUGACGGCAGCGGUGCCGGUGCUUCGGGCGGAGGCAGCGGGGUUGGACGCGCGGGCAAUGCCGUGGGGAGCGGCCAAGGUUCCGGGAGCGCGAGCGACGGCACGGGGAGCGGCGGAGGGAGUGGCUCCGGCUCCGGGCCAGGAGGAUCCGGUGGCGGUGAAGGCGGCGGCGCGGGCGGUAGCAGCGGCCACCCGUGAGGACGAUGUGUUCAGUUGUCAUGCAUGCAUGUUAGCUUAUCCACGUAGGAAGCAAGCCAUAUGACUUGAUUUAAAUAUGCGAGGUCAGAUCGAUCUCUAGUGUGUAAGCCUGUAAGAGGUGACUUGUUGGACAUGUAGAUCGACGUAGAACCGCAGGAGUAUGAACUAAGCUAUGUGUGUGUAAGCAUUGAUGAAUAAUAUGGGAAAACCUGUAAACCAGGUGCUGAAUUUA